AGACGCGCGGCAGCGAUCGAGUUUUCCAGGCAAAGUCUUGGCUCGUGUGCUCCCACUGAGCUUCGUGCGUCAUCUGUUUGAACACGGACCGGCUCGGUGUGCGUCAUCUGGUUGCCGUUUAUAGCUUUGUGCUCGUCAACCGAACACGAGUUGCCAUGCUCUCACCACUUGCGCAUGCUCAAGAAGGCGAGUCUGUCUGGUUUGUGGGCUUGUCGCAAUGUCCUCCUACUCGUCCCUCCUCUCCGUGAGCCCCGGCGAGCAGAUCGGUGGGUAUGCGGACGGAGGUGACCACGACGACAUGGCGGCCGCCGCCAACUACCUAUCAUCAUUCUGCUUUGAUUUCGGCGAGGAGUAUUAUUCCCUGGCGGAGGCAGCAACAGCCUCCUACCCCUUGCACGCACAGCAGCAGCAGCAGCCGCCAACCCAGGCCGACAGCCACCACAGCGGCAAAGCAGCAAGUACUACUAGUAGUUCACAAGGACUCGACAAUAUCAACACGAGCUUGACCAGCAGCGACGCGAGGAGCAAAGGCAGCAAGAUCGCGUUCAAGACGAGGUCGGAGGUGGAGGUGCUGGACGACGGGUACCGCUGGAGGAAGUACGGCAAGAAGAUGGUCAAGAACAGCCCAAACCCAAGGAACUACUACCGUUGCUCCAGCGAGGGGUGCCGCGUGAAGAAGCGGGUGGAGCGGGAUCGCGAUGACGAGCGCUUCGUCAUCACCACCUACGACGGCGUCCACAACCACCUUGCGCCACUGCCGCCGCGGGGAUGCGCCGGAUACUCGCUAUCGCUCGCGCAGACGCGCGUGGACGAGGGGUCGUCGCCGCUACCCGUGCAAGGCCGCCGUUGCUUUCUUGACACCAUGAAGAUGCAGGCCGCCGGUAGCGUGAUAUCUGACAAUUGACAUGUUCAGGAUAUUAUGUGAGACUUUUUUCUCGAGAACAGGAUAUUAUGUGAUACUGAUUAAUGUACUUUACUUGUAAUUAAUACCGCAAUCUUUAUCUUUUUUGGUAUGAGGCACCUUAUUACUUAGGCCUAAUUGGUAACAAGGGUUCCAGAGGAAAUUUUUCCUACAAAUGCAUUCGCUUCGUAGGAAAUGCAUACAUGAAUUUCACAGGA